CCUAAACAACCGAGCAAGACAAGCCACUCCGACCAGGUUGGCUGCCCGGCAGGUAUUGGUGAGGGCUCGAGGUAGAUGGUGAGCGGCUGCGGCAGCUGAGGGCAGGUCCGGCCCCCAGACGCAUCAGAGCUCCAAGGACUGCGUGGUGGGAACCCCGCACCGCGCCAGGUCCCCGGCCCCCUGGAUCCGUCGGGGCGCCUCCACCCGGCUGUUAGCAUGAUGUCUUACCUCAAACAACCCCCAUACGGCAUGAAUGGCCUCGGCCUAGCAGGGCCGGCCAUGGACCUGCUGCACCCCUCCGUGGGCUAUCCCGCCACUCCGCGGAAGCAGCGGCGGGAGCGCACAACCUUCACGCGAUCGCAGCUGGACGUGCUGGAGGCGCUCUUCGCCAAGACGCGAUACCCCGACAUUUUCAUGCGCGAGGAGGUGGCGCUCAAGAUCAACUUGCCUGAGUCAAGAGUCCAGGUCUGGUUCAAGAACCGCCGCGCCAAAUGCCGCCAGCAGCAGCAAAGCGGGAACGGGACCAAGAGCCGGCCGGCCAAGAAGAAGUCUUCCCCAGUGCGGGAGAGCUCAGGCUCCGAAAGCAGCGGCCAAUUCACGCCACCUGCUGUGUCCAGCUCGGCCUCGUCCUCUAGCUCGGCGUCCAGCGCCUCCGCCAACCCAGCGGCUGCAGCGGCGGUAGGCCUAGGCGGGAACCCGGCGGUGGCAGCCGCGUCGUCACUGAGCACACCGGCUGCCUCGUCCAUCUGGAGCCCGGCCUCCAUCUCGCCAGGCUCAGCGCCAGCGUCGGUGUCGGUGCCCGAGCCACUGGCCGCGCCUAGCAACGCAUCGUGUAUGCAGCGCUCUGUGGCGGCUGGCGCCGCGUCGGCUGCAGCCUCCUAUCCUAUGUCUUAUGGCCAGGGCGGCAGCUACAGCCAAGGCUACCCUGCACCAUCUUCUUCCUACUUCGGUGGCGUGGACUGCAGCUCAUACCUAGCACCCAUGCACUCACACCACCACCCGCACCAGCUCAGCCCCAUGGCACCCUCCUCAAUGGCGGGCCACCAUCACCACCACCCGCACGCACACCACCCGCUAAGCCAGUCCUCGGGCCACCACCACCAUCAUCACCACCAUCACCACCAGGGCUAUGGCGGCUCCGGGCUCGCAUUCAACUCUGCUGACUGCUUGGAUUACAAGGAACCUGGCGCUGCCACUGCUUCCUCCGCCUGGAAGCUCAACUUCAACUCGACCGAUUGUCUGGACUAUAAGGACCAAGCCUCAUGGCGGUUCCAGGUCUUGUGAGCCCAGGAAUGGAAAGAAAAGAAGAAACGCAACUACCUGCGCCCUCUGUGGUCCCCGUCCUGUUGCUGCUGCUGCACCGCCCGCCUUUGCCUCGGCUUCUCCAGAACUGAAUUUUCACGCCCCCAAAAGAUGCCCAUUGCCUGCACUGCCACCCCCAUCUUUGUGCCAUUUGCUUGGGGGAUGUGCGAACCCGCCAACCACUUAGAGGGGGAUCUGGUGCUUCGGCUUGGCCCACCCGUUCUAUGCGUGGGAGCUGUGUGCUCUCCUCCCCAUCCCCCACCAAACUCCCUAAAUUCCUCUUUGCAGUCUUUUUGGACAGUUGUUACGCACUUGCAGGCCCCAGAGGCUCUUCGUUCUGACCCGCUGUUUGAGCCCAAUACUUUUAUUUAUUCUUCUGGACGCUUGGAGUCAUUAACUGGCGUGUUUCUACCCAUUGGCGUGUUCCCGCACCUACACACUACACCAAAUCCAACCACUAAGUGUUUCUUGAAGACUGCCGCGCCUUCAGCUGCUCUGGGCCGGGCUCCUCGACUGCAAGCCAGAGCUGGCGUUUCUGCUUCCUCCUGGUGGCCGGGGUGCGCGGGGCAAAGCCCGCGGGAGCGCGCCCCCAGCCUCCAGCACUCAAGUGGGCGUCCUGUCCCGCCCCGCGCAGGACUGGCUUGCGCUUCCGCCUUGGCGGGAACGCUGUACAAAGUCGGGUCCGUUCCAGGGGCCACUUAAACUUGUUAGUUACUGUUGAGAACUGAGUAUAUCUCAAGUCUUAGCGCCCAGGAAACAGAACUUUAAGAUAUAUAUAGUAUACAUAUAUAUAUAUAUAUAUA